GACUCUGUGGAUUCACUCAUGCAUGGUCACACAAUGUGACAGUCCAGACAUGGCUGUAAACGGGAGGCAGCUCCGUUUGACCGAGCCCCAUCUCCGACUCCAAGCCGCCUCCAAAAACUAACAACAACAAAAGGGAAACUUCUCCUUGCGCAAGUGACCGGGCCCGGGCAGCAGGACAGCAGACCCCACAGGCCUGGAGACGUUUGUGUUUGAUGAGUUUGUGAGGCAGCUUUAAAAAAGAGAGUUUGUUGAUCUGUCACAGAGGGGACAGGUUUUGGAUCAGGGAGACAGAGGGAGGGUCGCUGCAGCUGCGGGAGGUCUACACUUUUCAACGCACUCAAAUGAUGGCACCAAUGAUGGCAGAUGGAUUUGCUUUUCGUUUUUAAGUAUGACAUCUCCAGUGUAAAGGUGUCAAUACAAAUUGUGAACCCUGGUCGAUGGAUUUAUUACCUUUAAUACAAGAAUACUUUACCUGUACUUUCUCCAUAGGCUAGAAAUCUUGAAGCAUGGGCGACUGGAGCUUUCUGGGGCGGCUGUUGGAGAACGCUCAGGAGCACUCAACGGUCAUCGGCAAAGUCUGGCUGACUGUCCUCUUCAUCUUCAGGAUCCUGGUGCUGGGGGCAGCAGCUGAAGAGGUCUGGGGAGAUGAGCAGUCUGACUUUACCUGCAACACCCAGCAGCCCGGUUGCGAGAACGUCUGCUACGACGAGGCCUUCCCCAUCUCACACAUCCGUUUCUGGGUGCUGCAGAUCAUCUUCGUGUCCACGCCGACGCUCAUCUACCUGGGUCAUGUGCUGCACAUCGUCCGCAUGGAGGAGAAGCGGAAAGAGAAGGAGGAAGAGAUGCGCAAAGCAAACAGGUUUCAAGAGGAGAAAGAACUCCUUUAUAGAAAUGGUGGGGAUGCUGGUGGAGGAGGAGGAGGAGGAGGAGGUGGUGGCAAGAAGGAGAAGCCACCAAUCAGGGACGAGCACGGCAAAAUCCGUAUCAGAGGGGCUUUGCUGCGUACCUAUGUGUUCAACAUUAUUUUCAAGACCCUGUUUGAAGUGGGAUUCAUUUUGGGCCAGUAUUUCCUGUAUGGCUUCCAGCUGAGGCCCCUGUACAAGUGUGCGCGUUGGCCCUGCCCCAACACCGUGGACUGCUUCAUAUCAAGGCCUACUGAAAAGACUAUUUUUAUUAUAUUUAUGCUUGUGGUGGCUUGCGUGUCUCUUUUGCUGAAUUUGUUAGAGAUCUAUCACCUUGGAUGGAAGAAAGUGAAACAGGGCAUGACAAACGAGUAUGCCCCGGAACGCGAGUCGCUGCGCCGUGUCGACAUUGCAGAACCUGAGUGUAUGGCCUCGGCCUCCAGAACUGCUCCAUCCAUUCUCAGCUACCCUCCCAACUACACAGACGUGACGGCGGGCAGCAGGGCCUUCCUGCCACCCAUGGGGCCGGCGACUGUGCCCACGGUGGCAGAGUUCAAGAUGGACGACCUCCAGCAGGAGCAGUCCCUCCACCAGCCUUCUCCCUCCUCCCACUACUACAUCAGCAACAACAACAACCACAGGCUGGCCACGCAGCAGAACUGGGCCAACCUGGCCACCGAGCAGCAGACUCGGGUGAUGAAGGCCACCUCCCCCUCCCCAUCAUCCUCCUCUGCAACCAGCACUGACAAAGAGCAGCAGCAGCAGCCACAGCCUGUGGAUGCUGAACUUCUCCUUCCAACUACCAACAGUCAUACCAACACGACGGCUACUGCCGCGUCCAGCAGCCCCGGCUCUGCCUCCAACACGGGCAGCUGGAAUGGGGGAAAGAGUGAGCAGGAGGAAGGUAAUAUCACCACCACUACAGUGGAGAUGCACGAGCCUCCAGUAACGGUCAGCACAGACCCUCGGCGGCUCAGUCGGGCCAGCAAGAGCAGCAGUGUCAGAGCGAGGCCGAGUGACCUGGCUGUCUGAAUCUCUUCAGUCCUAUUAUGUCCCUAAACCCUCCCUGACCAUCAACCCGUCUUUCCUAAAACCAAACCCUGACAAAGUGAUUCUCAGACAAAAAAAACACAAACGUGCAUAGUGCAAAAAAAAACAAACAAAAAAACAUAAAAACAAAAAAGAAAAAAACAAAGAAGGCAAGUCCAGAAGAGACAGGGAGGCAGAGAGGUUAGAAACCUUUUGGGGAAAUGUGAAAUGACUUCAUCAGCAGCUGUUGAUGGUUUAGUGCAAUCGGUGAGUUGCAGGGAAGUCGAGGCAUGUUCUUUUUUCUUUUUUUUUUUUUGGUCUUAAUUCAUGCAAACCAAAUGUGAUCAAACUGCGCUUUGAAUUCAGACGGCUCUGCUGAAAGUGCUGACUGAAGCAAAGAAAACUGCACUGUCAUGUUUCUGCAUCAAAAUGGACACUUCACCAACAUGUUUGGUUUCCAGUUGGAGCUGUUUCUGAGUUUGUCCCUUUUAACCUGGAAGUUUUCUUUUUCCUGAAUUCUCCUCAACACCCUCCUGUUGUGUUUGAUAUAUUCCAUUCAGGAAGUAAAUUGCAUUGUGUUCCUCGUAGUUGCGUUUGAAGCUCUACAACUCACCGAUUGCUUGAUGAAAUUGCACGGCAAAGUAUGCGACUUUAUGAUCCCCUGCAGAGCUUCAUGCAAAGACAGAAAAUACUUGAAUUGAGACGGAAUGAUUUGAUGUUUCCUUCAGGAGGAAGCAGUCUGUACAAGAAAGGGGUGAAAGCUGCUGGUGGAAUCAUCCCAAACAGAAACCAAAGCAUUCCCAUGAUGCUGUUUAUAAAAAAGAGCAGAGUUUAUAGCCUGCCUCUGUUAGUGUCACCUUCAUUAGCAUGUCUGAAAAGAAAAAGCUCUCCACUAACUGCAGAGGCGACAGUGCCUUCAAAAAGCUUGCAAGCACAAGGAAGCCACCUUCUGACAUGACGAACAACACUGCUCUCCUUAUCCACAAAAAACACCAAAGCUCUUUGGUGAGUCUUCAAACUUCAUUCUUUUAGUUAACUAGUCGGCAGAUCACGCCCUCAAAAACCCCCAGACCCCCUUUUUAAUGAUAACACCUAGUGAUUGAGAGCUACUUUGGGAGUUAGAUGAUUUCACUGUUACACAUUUCAUGUGCUUCUUCAUUGGUUUUAUUCUUAAAUUGCUAUUUUUUUAAACUGAAUUGAAUUUUCUCAUAAAUUGCAUCCUUGUAGUAGUCAGUUUGUGAUUGAGAAACAGCUACAUGAAAAAAAAGAUAACCGGCGUUGCGUGUACCGGAAACGCCACGGUGCAGUCCGCCUUGACAGCUUCUACUUUGUUGUGUACAUCUUGAUUCUUUGGAGAUCUUUGGAAACCCAAAACUCUUAACCAAAUCUAUUGACACCUGCGGUCCUCUGUCUCUGUUGUGUUUCUGUGCUUUUUCGGUUCAUUCACAACCAGGCACUUACUUCUUUUUAUUCCUUUUUCUCUUUACCACAGCCUGAACCCUCUGUAUUAUCUUGUAGAUUCACCUCUGGAGUGGACGUUAACACUGUGAGAGCUCAUCUGUUCUUCUUACGCUCACGGAGCAUAGCGACAGGAUUCAAUCUUACAUUUUUUGUGCACAGUAUUUUGCAGGAACAGAACUUUCCCAGCAGAUGACACACAGGCUAAUACACUGGAGUAAGAGCACUGUAGAGUGGUAUCAGCUUUGUUUUGUGUUCUUUUUUUAUUUUCUGGCGGGGUGAAGAAAUAAUGGUACUGUAUGAUGUGAGAGUAUCCAAACCCAUAGGGUUAGAAUGUUUCAUACUGUAUCCUAUUUCAGUUGCAUUUAUGCAUUAAGUGCAAAAGACACAAACAGAGGAGAGUACACAUCUACACGAUGCAUGGGGAAAAAGCAGCCUUUCCUAAUCCAUGUUUUUUGUUCAAAAUGACAAAGACAUCUUUGUUCUCUGCAUUUGUUUUUGAUCCCUUAAGUUUACAUUUUGGUAGUUGAUAAAGAUUUGCACAUUUAGGAAAAUUGCUGUUCUCCAAUGCUAAUAUUGGUAGUGAUAGAAAGAAAGAGAGAGAGAAAGUGUGAGUGAAAGAGAGAGAGAGAGAGCGAGUGAGAUGUAAAACUACCACUCUUUAUGAUCCUCAAAGGAAAAAAAUGUCUUACAGUAAAAACACGGUGGCUCUUCACAGAAAGGCAGCAUGAAUCAGUAACCACGACGAUCUCAGGCUCACAAAAUGACGAGCUCGAGGAUAAAAAAUCAACAAGAGAGAGAAAAACGAUUCUGGGUAUUUUUCUGUGUGUUUACUCGGUAUGUUCUCGCAGACUGGUCGGGACUCUGGUUAAACUCAGACGAGUCCACUGUUCAGAGAAUGUAAGCUGGGUAGCUGGCCCUUCCCUAACCCACCACAAACCCCUGACAGGAUGUUGUGUUCAAAGCCCGUCAUCCCUGUGACUCCUCCACACUCUCUCCUCUUACGUUUCAUGCAGAGCAUGAAUUCUCUGGCUUGUCAGGGAGUAGGAACCAUCUCACAAUGCUCAGAACAGCAACCUGUUUCCAAUGCUGUCUUAAACAAGAGAAGUGCCUUGUGUAUGAAUGAUUCUUUUGUAAGAACAAGUUGAUGUAAAUGUUCAUUUACCUCAAAUGUUUACAAAACUGUUACUAAAUAAAUUUUUGUACCAU